CUAUUGGAAAGCAUCGCUUCGCGUCCAGACCAGGCUUGGUCUUUGAAAAAGAAAGAGCACGCGCUAUUGGGGGAAUAAGAAUGGAUAUAGGAGAGUUUGUAAGGCAAAAGGAGAGAGGGCGCAGUACAGCUGGGUCGAACGCGACGUGGUAGGGGAAGUCGUUGUCCUCGGAGUCUUCGUUCGCACGAGUUCCCGUCAGUGCAACGCGGAACGCGUUCCUGUUCGUUUAUUGUUGAGUCGGGUUGGUGUCGCAUCUACUAUUUCCUUUAUUUCUGUCUCUCUUUUUCUGUCUGACUAUAAAUUUCUUUGUUCAUUGUUGAACACGAGAGACCGACAACACGCAAUCGUGCGACACACGUGUGAUACCGUGGGUAGUUAGUGCAGUGUGACAGGAUGCGGUACAAUGACCGUAAAUGAGUAAUCGACGGUGCUGGCAGAACCGGUCGGAAGGACGAGAAUCGCGGCGGAAAGGACGCCUGUGGCAGGACUCGAGCCGUUGUGCAUAGAGGUAGGAUCGAUCGGCGGCGAGGGCGAAGAGGAGGUGCCGAUCGUGGUGGAAGGUAGGAGUCGAGGGGGAGAAGGUUGAAAGCGUGGGAGGAGGGUCGAAAGGUUGAGCGAUCUACGGAGGAGGAAGAAGAGAAAGAGGACGUGGCGGAAGCACGUUCGCUGGCGGUGGAAGAGGAAGAGGAAGAGGAGGAGGAGGAGGGAGAGAAAGAAGAUCGAAAAAGGGAAGGAGACGGUGGUCGAGGGAGGAAGAGAGAUGAGCCUGGUGGGUGACUGGCAAAGUGCGGUGGUCGGCUGCUCGACGAAAGGCAGAUAGCGCCAUUAGUUAUUGCUGGGCCGGAGAGCGUCGAGCCGAUGCGCGCUACGGCCCUGGCCGUUGACGAAGAAGGGGAAGAGGAGGAGGAGGAGGAGGAGGAGGAGGAGGAGAAGAGGAGAAGGAGGAUAGAGGAGGGCAGGAAGGGGGCCCAAAGGGCCGCGAUGUAUCGCUUCGGACGGCAACGUUAUCCUCGAGGAAUCGGAGAAAUUUCCCCGAUUUUCUUUCUGGCGUUCGGUUGCCUUCUGAUCGUCGUCGCCAUCGCCUCGCCUCUUCAUCCCGCGCCACCGCACAGAGGUAUCACGCACGGCUCUUACAUCGGUUAUUACGAGGUGGCCUCCUAUGAUACCGCGGCCUUGAGACAACAUCGUAACCGGAUGCGCCGCGAUGUCUCCAACGAUGUGGCCGACAAUCGGCCUUUGCUGCUGCAGUUGAAAGCGCUCGACAAACAAUGGACAUUACGCUUGGUUCGAGACAGGAGCCUGUUCAGCCAGGACGCGACGUUCGAGAACACGAACGGCCCCAUCCACUUCGACACGUCGCACUCUUACGUGGGCACCGUGUUGGAGGACGACAACGCCAUGGUGCAGGGGAUGGUGACCGAGGACGGCCUGUUCGACGGCACGGUGGUGACCGGAUUCGAGGAGUACUACAUCGAGCCGACCAACAGAUACCUGGCCGGGGAGGACACGUCUCCGCAGUAUCACAGCAUCGCCUACAGAGCCUCGGACGUGUUAACGCCACGUAGAUCGUUGCCUUGCGCCAGUCAUCGAUUGCGUCAACACUCGCCUUCUCACCAUUCCAUGGAAAUGGAAAAGCACGGGAACGAGUCUGUACGAUCGUUGUACGAGCCUCUGCUCGGCGAGACGCGGGCGCUCUACUACUCGAAGGAAAACGAAGGGGCGCGGAUUUUAACCUCGGAGAUAAGGGAUAAGAGCGCGCCACGCGUGGAAACAAGGACGGAUGGGGAUCGUAUCGCGAGACACUUGCACAAACGCGCGACGGUGGACCCGAGGAAGACUACGUGCAUGCUCUACCUGCAAGCGGAUCACCAGUUUUUCGCGAGAUACGGCACGGAGGAGGCUUGCAUCGAAGUGAUGACGAGGCACGUGCAGAGGGUCAACUCGAUUUACAAACAUACAGACUUCAACCAGGACGGGAGGCCCGACAACAUCAGCUUCAUGAUAAAACGUGUGAAAGUUCACAGCGAGGACGCAUUGAGAGAUCCCAAUUAUCGAUUCCCGGGCAACUACGGCGUGGAAAAGUAUCUGGAGCUGUUCUCUGAAGAGGAUUACGACGCGUUCUGCCUGGCUUACAUGUUCACGUAUCGGGACUUCGAGAUGGGCACGCUGGGCCUCGCUUGGACAGGCGACUUGAAAAACGCCGGCGGAGUUUGCGAGAAGAACGGGCACUAUCGCGGCAGCAUGAAGUCGCUGAACACCGGAAUAGUGACUUUACUGAAUUACGGGAAGCACGUACCGCCCGCCGUUUCUCACGUCACAUUGGCGCACGAGAUCGGCCAUAACUUCGGUUCGCCGCACGAUCCGGAACAAUGCACGCCGGGCGGAGAGGAUGGAAACUUCAUUAUGUUCGCUCGUGCUACCAGCGGCGACAAGCGAAACAAUAAUCGUUUCAGCCCGUGCAGCUUGAGCGCCAUAAACCCGGUUUUGAAUAGCAAAGCUCGCUCUCCCAAGGGUUGCUUCACCGAGCCGCAAGUGUCAUUGUGCGGAAACGGUGUGAUCGAGGAGGGCGAAGAAUGUGACUGCGGAUGGGAAGAAGAUUGCAGGGACUCGUGCUGCUUUCCUCAACGCCGUUAUCCACCGCCAGGUGAAACACCCUGCACGCUUACUCCAGGCUCCAUUUGUAGCCCUAGUCAAGGCCCGUGUUGCACCGCCGAGUGCAAUUUGAGAUUCGGAGACAAAUGCAGAGACGAUAACGGAUGCCGGGACGCGAGCUUCUGCGACGGCCGGUCAGCUUACUGCCCUCCCUCCAUCAACAAGCCCAACAAGACGAUCUGCAAUCGCGAAUUCGUCUGCUUUAUGGGGGAGUGCACAGGUAGUAUAUGCCUCGCAUACGGAUUGGAAUCUUGCCAGUGCAUCCCUGGCCCAAACGAUCCCCCGACGAAGGCCUGCGAGCUCUGCUGUCGUCUUCCCGGAGAGAACCAACCCUGCCUCUCGUCUUUCGAUUGGAACUCUCCGCCCUACGAUAUACCCGACAUGUUCUCGAAGCCAGGAACACCGUGCAACGAUUACAAUGGAUAUUGCGAUGUCUUCCAAAAAUGUCGAGAGGUCGAUCCAAGCGGUCCUUUGGCAACACUGAGAAAACUUUUGUUAUCCGACGAAAGUCUGGCCACUUUCCGCCGUUGGAUAAUCGACCAUUGGUACGCAGCCGCUUUGAUCAUUCUCGCUGCGAUAUCCCUAUUGGUGGCGAGCAUGAGGUUGCUGGGCAAACGGCCGGAUCUGAAGCUCAAGUCGGUCACAAUAAUACACAGCUCGACGACGGAAACCGUGCGCCUCCCGCCGGAGGGAACGGAGGGCGUGACGGUGCAUCCUCCGGCGGUGCGCGCCAAGCUUCCGCUCAGCAGAAAAGUGAGGGAGAAGAGGAGGCAGCAUCGAAAGCAUAAGGACAACGGCCACGCGGCGGACAAGUGUGGGAAGGACGCGUCGAAGAAGAAGAAGAAGCAACCGCAGGCGAAGAGGGUAUCGGCGAGCGCGAGCGAGGACUCGGGUAGGAAGAGGUCGGGGGACGCGGCGAUGAUCCAGGAGAGCAAACGGAAGAAGACGUUGCGGGGAAACGAGAAGCAGAAUGGCGGCAAUUCGGAGAGCAACGAGAAGAGGAAGCGGAAGAAGCAACACAAGUCGAAAGAAGUGAUCGACUAUUCGGGCAUCCAGGCCGAGAAGGAGAGCGAGCCGAACGCCGAUCCUAAAAGUAAAGUUCGUUCCUGGUUGCUGGCCUCGUCCCAGUGCCGGCCCGAGACGGGGAGGGGGAGUGGCCUGCCAAAGAGCAAAUCUACUCCCGUGGGUUUGACAGGCGGCGGGGCCAGGUUGCCCCCGGCGACCAGGCAACCGGCGUCGAGAAGGAAUCCGAUCGAAUCGAAGGAGGCGAAGAUAACGGGGAACUCGGUAGGAGGGGCGAGGAAGGAGAGGGCGAAGCUGCAGGUGGUGUACAAGCCGCCGUUCAAGUUCACCGUGAAGCUUCGAAAGUCGGACAAGGUGGCGCAGGUGAGCUCGGCGAACGCCAACGGCAGGCCCAAGCUUCCUAGGACCGGUGUUCUUCUGAGGACAGGGAAGAAGAAGGACAGAGUGAGAAUCGGGAGGGCCAGGCAGAUAGCCCCAACGGGGAUCGGGAACAGCGCGGCUGACCUGCCUGAACCGGCCAAUUCCGACCUCCAUACCGUCCCCUCCGACCUCGAGGUGUUGCUGUCCGAGAGCGAGUUCCUCUUCUCGGAUACUUGACCACGGUGAACGAGACGGGCGUGUUUUUAGAAAAAUGUGCGUUUGGAAGCAGUGUGCGUUUCUAAAACGAAAAUGUAUCUCUGUAUCGACGAGAGAGAGAGAGGGGGAAAAAGUCGAUGCAUCGAAGAAUCCCGUCCGCCGAAGGAUACACGUGAAAACGUUUUACAUGCCAUCCCACGGUUCAACCUCGGUUUCAUCCACGGUGAAUAUAUAAACUCCGUAUCCGUUCGUAUAGAAAAUCAAAAAAAGAAGAAGAAGAAGAAGAAGAAAAGAAAGUAUUUCAUCGUCGAUGAAAUCCGAGGUCCGAGAAUCACCCAUCGUUUUAUCGUAUUAAUCUAAUGGCUGCUGGGCGUGUUUUCAUAAACGUUUGACGCAACCGCCUCCCCCCAAAUGAGCUUCUUCCGUUUCUACCGUGCUGGAAUUUAUUUUUUUAUAAGUAUAUAUAACGAGGAGCACGCAUACACAUUACGGCGUACGCUUUCGCUCUUUUUCACGUCUUCCUAGGAAUAAAA